AAAAACGCCUCCGCGAGUGACUCAAGCGGAGGAAAGAGGUGAACAAGAUUAGUAGGGAUUCACGGCAUCAACAACGCUGUAGUAUAUAAAGGAAUAUCAAAAUGGGUAACACCGAUUCUAAACUGAACUUCAGGAAAGCAGUGAUACAGCUGACAACCAAAACACAGCCAGUGGAGGCCACAGACGAUGCCUUCUGGGACCAGUUCUGGGCUGACACUGCCACCACUGUGCAGGAUGUUUUUGCCCUGGUGCCAGCCGCAGAGAUCCGAGCUGUUCGGGAGGAGUCCCCCUCCAAUCUGGCAACCCUCUGCUAUAAGGCUGUAGAGAAGCUGGUGCAGGCAGCAGAGUCAGGAUGCCCCUCGGAGAAGGAGAAACAGAUCGUUCUGAACUGUAGUCGUAUGCUGACCCGCAUCCUGCCCUACAUCUUUGAGGACCAAGACUGGAGGGGCUUCUUCUGGUCCACGGUGCCUGGUGCAGGAAGAACUGGGACAGAUGAGAUGGAUGAUGAUGAAGGAGCUCGUCCACUGGCUGAGUCUCUGCUCCUGGCCAUGGCCGACCUGCUCUUCUGUCCUGACUUCACUGUGAACAGCCACCGGAGAGGACCUGACUCUGUGGAGGACAUGCAGACCAUAGACAGCUGUGAGUAUAUCUGGGAGGCAGGGGUGGGGUUCGCCCAGUCCCCCCCACUCAACUACAUCCACGACCUCAACAGGACGGAGCUGCUGAGGCUGCUGCUAACCUGUUUAUCUGAGGCCAUGUACCUCCCUCCCUCCUCAGACAACACCAUCCUCAACCCCUGGGUCAGCUUCUUCUGCUCCACAGAAAACAGGCAUGCCCUGCCUCUCUUCACCUCCCUGGUAAACGUGGUGUGUGCCUACGACCCGGUCGGCUACGGCAUCCCCUACAAUCACCUGCUCUUCUCCGACUACCGGGAGCAGCUGGUGGAGCAGGCCGUGCAGAUCCUCAUCGUCACCCUGGAGCACGAUGGAGGAGGGCUGGCCCACCGACCCCCCUCACCCUCCAGCAUGGAGGACCAGGAUUCUGUGGGCCCUGACAACCUGUUUGUAAACUACCUUUCAAGAAUUCACAGGGAAGAGGACUAUGACUUUGUGUUGAAGGGACUGGCUCGCCUGUUGGUAAACCCUCUGAUGCAGACCUACCUGCCUAACUCCACCAAGAAGAUCCAGUUCCACCAGGAGCUGCUGGUGCUCUUCUGGAAGCUCUGUGACUUCAAUAAGAAGUUCCUGUUCUUUGUAUUGAAGAGCAGUGAUGUUCUGGACAUCUUGGUACCCAUCCUCUUCUACCUUAAUGACGCCCGGGCCGACCAGUCCCGUGUGGGUCUCAUGCACAUCGGUGUCUUCAUCCUGCUACUGCUGAGUGGAGAGAGGAACUUUGGCGUGCGUCUCAACAAGCCCUACUCCGUCCACGUACCUAUGGACAUCCCAGUGUUUACAGGGACCCACGCCGACCUGCUCAUAGUAGUGUUCCACAAGAUCAUCACCAGUGGCCACCAGCGUCUACAGCCUCUCUUUGACUGCCUGCUCACCAUCGUAGUGAAUGUGUCUCCCUACCUGAAGAGUCUGUCCAUGGUGGCAGCCAACAAGCUGCUCCACCUCUUGGAAGCCUUCUCCACCAACUGGUUCCUCUUCUCCGCCUCCCAGAACCACCAUCUUGUCUUCUUCCUGCUGGAGGCCUUCAACAACAUCAUCCAGUACCAGUUUGAUGGAAACUGUAACCUAGUCUACGCCAUUAUCCGCAAACGCAACUUGUUCCAUCAGUUGGCCAACCUGCCGUCCGACCCCGCCUCCAUCCAGAAGGCCUUGCUGAGGAAGAGAAAGUCACCGGAUGCCAUCACCGGCAUCUCCCGUACCAGCUCCCAGGAGACGGUGUCCAUGGAGGGUUCCCGUCCAGCCGUCCCCGCCGAGCCAGGAACGCUGAAGACCAGCCUGGUCGCUAUACCAGCCAUUGACAAACUGACUGAGAAGUCUCAGGUGUCAGAGGAUGGCACCAUGAUCUCUGUGCUGAAGAUGGAUCAUUCGCACGCGUCACACCACACACCCCAGGCUGACCACACACCCCAGGCUGACCACACACCCCAAGCUGUCCACAGCGCCAUUGUAGGGGCCAGCGACACAGAGUCUGUUUCUGGAAGGGACAAUGAGGAUGUUUUCUACACUGAGGCAGAGAUGGAGAGAAGGCGCAUGUCAAGCACAUCAUCCACCAUCUCCUGUACCUCUCAAUCUCACUGGGUCCCUACACCAGACUGGGUCCUCUCCUGGAAGUGUAAGCUCCCCCUACAGACCAUAAUGCGUCUGCUGCAGGUGCUGGUACCGCAGGUUGAGAAGAUCUGUAUCGACAAAGGUUUGACAGACGAGUCUGAGAUCCUGAAGUUCCUCCAGCAUGGUACCCUGGUGGGCCUCCUGCCCGUCCCCCAUCCCAUCCUCAUCCGGAAGUACCAGGCCAACGCCGGCACGGCCAUGUGGUUCCGCACCUACAUGUGGGGAGUGGUCUACCUGCGCAACGUGGACCCGCCCAUCUGGUACGACACGGACGUGCGUCUCUUUGAGAUCCAGAAGAUGUAGAUAACAGGAAAGAGAUGUUGACUGAAGAUGGGACUACUUCCUGUCUUGUUCCUGCCCCUUCCUCCUACUGGCACUCUCUCCCUUGAACCUCACCUACCUUCAACUUGCCUCAUCAUC